UUUGAAUAAGUGAGAGUUUAGUUGUAACAAGGUGAAACCCCAGCUCAUUUCUAAACAAAUUCCCCUCCGGCUCUAAUUUUAGCUGCAUUUCUCUGACUGUAGUUUUCAUUCCCUCCGAGGUGACACACAGGAAGCAAAAGGUCACCGCAGUGUGGAAGUUGCAGCGCAGCUGGUUACGACACAGGCUGCAAGGCGCAUGCAGGUUGAAAAUUACGCUAGUGGAAAUUUUGAUGCCACAGAAUGAGUUACGCUAUAGAGCAAUGAUGUACAUUACGGGCAUGCAGAGCAUGUGACAGCCUCUAUAAAGAGACCCAUCCUGGCCCAAUGGCAGAGUAGAUCCACAGAGCAGGGUCAGCCGGUGCAGGAUGGGUUGUCCGGUGUGUUGGCUCAGUUACCUGAUAGUACUUUUUCUCUUUUACUGUUCAGAGGCCAGUCCGUCCAAUAUUCAUGAAAAACCAGCCACCCAGAUGAAAGUCCCCAAGUACCGGCUUUGGGACGUGGCCCAGAAGUCUCUCUACCUGCGGAACAAUCAGCUGGUCGCCGGCUAUUUGCAAGGCUCCAACUCUGCGCUGGAAGAGAAGAUUUACUGUGUCACCAACCGCCUCUUAAAUCCGGAGAAGUUCCCCAUUAUCCUGAGCAUCCAGGAGGGGCGCCGCAGCCUGGCAUGUGGGACGGGCACCCCGCCUGUGCUGCAGCUGGAGGACGUGAACAUCACAAAGCUGCCCCGGAACAGCAAUGAAACCACCCGCUUCACCUUCUACCGCUCCUACAAGGACGGCAUGUGGCGCUUCGAGUCGGCCGCCAACCCAGGCUGGCUGCUCUGCACCUCGGCCCAGUCCAAUGAGCCCCUGGGCCUCACCUUACACCAGGACGCAGCCCACAUCGUCGACUUCUACUUCCAGCUGUUCUGAGCCCAGCCGCCCGGGAGAUGUGGCCUGGCCCCUGGCUGCUGCCAGCCCAGCUCGCCCCUGGCUGCGUAGGAGACCAGCUAGGUCGGGAAGGGCUGCACGACCUCUCCCCUGACCCAGCCGCAAUCAGCCAGGGUUGUGUUCCUAGGAUUCCUGGGUCCCAGCAGGAGGGCCCCGGGGCCUGAUCCUGCCGGGGAACUGAGCGCCCGCCCGGUGGGAGUGUUUCAGGGCACCCAGCCCCUUGUAGAGCCAGGCUGUGCACUUCAGCCAACGUGCCCCAAAGGGGGCCCUGAUCCUGGGGGCCCGUCUCCAGUGCCGUGGGGCCUGGCAUGGCUAUCCAGGACGCCCAGCCUUUUCCAAAGGGGCCUGUGGGCGUCCAGCAGCAGGAUGGCCCAACAGUUAGAGCACUAGCCGGGGACUUGGGAAACCUGGCUCUGCCAGACUCCCUUGGGCAAGUCCCGGAGCUGCUCCAUGCCUCAGUUUCCCCCUCUGUUCAAUGGGGCCACCAGCCCAGCCCUGUCUCCCGGGGCACGUGAUGGUAAAUCCACUGCCGAUGGACGAAUCCCAGAGUGUGUGGGAGUCUGCCCCCGUGGCGUCAGCACUGUUCUGGCUCGGCUCGGUGUCUCCCGGCGGUUCUGCUCUGCACGGCUACGGAAGGGCCAAGUGCCCCGGGAGGGGAUCUGGGUGCACCCCCUCGCUGUGUGAAUAGCUUGUCCCACCAGAGAGCUCUGGACCCCCUCAGCCCCAGUCUGGCUUUGAAUAAACAUGGAA